AUGAAAUCAAUUAAAUCACCUGAAUUUUCCACAAAUUAUCCAACACCUGAUUCAUCCAUUCAAUACCUGUUUGAUGAACAAAUCGAUGUUGAUUUAUCGUGUCCAAAAUGUACAAAUCCUCGUACAAGUAAAUGGGACUUACAAGCAAGAACUCCGGUUGCGUUGAAAAGCUUAUAUAAUUCAAAAGAUUGGACAGAGGACUUUCUAAAUGAGUUACAAGCGCAUUAUAAAUUCAGAAACGGCAGAGUACUUCACUGUUAUGGCGUAACUCGGGACAAGCGAGAUCGUGAUUUGGCUGCUGAACAUCUAUCGACCGGAAAUAUCGAUAGUGGUUUCAGUCAAACUUCACAUCCCGAAGCCAUAUUUGCAAGUAGAUUAUUGAAUUUUUCGAAUUUACCGGAUUCAGGUGAUGUUCUUGAUAUUUCGGAAUAUUCCAUUUAUUUUUGUGAUGGUGAACAAGUUGAAGAUGAAGCAAUCAAAGAAAAUGAUUAUAUUACGAGAGCAUAUGAUGAUUCUCCGUCAAAUCAUUUAUAA